AUGGCGAUUGUUGUUGCCCAAAUUAAGGCACCAUUCAAUUGGACAAAACAUGUCAUUCAUGACAUACUCUUGCAGGGCGAUGAUACUCAUUUGAGAAUUUUAAGAAAGUUAGGAUGGCCUCAACAUAGAACAGAAAGUAUGUUAGAUAUUGAUGAGAUUCCUGACAUCCUGGAUUGUACAGUUAAUGGAGAGUAUAUAAAAGCCAGUGUUGGUGUACUGGAAGGUGCAAAGUUUGGCUUUACGCUGCAGGAUGUCCUAGCUGAAGCAUUUCUUCACAAUUCAUCAACUUCUUUCAUGUUGAGGAUAGGUGAUAAGUGUACAGCUAUCAUAAAAGACUCUAGCAUGGGAUGGAGCCUGUUCGAUAGCCAUGCCUGCAAUGUUAAAGGACAACGUGACCCCGAAGGUGCAGCUUGUAUGAUGUGCUUUACAUCAGCAGAGAGACUUAUUCAACAUCUGACAUUAUUGUACCCCUACGAUGGACACCAAAUUGAUGUUUUUCCCAUUUAUGUGCAGAUCAUGGAUCAGAUUGAAGACGAAGUGUUGUUGCAAUCAAACGAUAGCAUAGAUGACUCCACCCAAUCAUUUAGGAAAGAGCGUUAUAGGAACAUAAAAUACGAACCCAGUCUUUGGGAGGAGUGCCAUCCCAAAAAAGUGGAAUCACUUCCAUUUGACAUUAAUGGUUUGGAGGUAUACCACAUUCCAUGCUCCACAAGGGCUGAGAUGAUGAAAGUUUCUAGAGAUGGAAGACCAUGGGAUCGGUACUGUGCAAGUUCCAGGAAAGACUUUAAAGGCGUUCGCCGGCUUACACACUGUAAGGGAUCCCCAGAGUGCAGCAACGAAGACUGUUUGUUUCGAUCAAUGUAUGGUUGUAAAAACAGGCGGCAGUUUAAAAAGGAAAAUUCCAUUUCAGUAUGCCAUACAUGUGGUAAGCCAGCAGACAUGAUUAAAUGCAGUGCUACUAAAGUAUGGGAAUACUGUAAAGACUUUGUUGUUGUUAUGCACAUAGGUGAUCACACAUGCGUGGCAAAGAAAGCCAAGGUUUCCGUUGCAUCUCUGCAACAAGACAUACAGCAAAACCCAGGUCUUAAACCAAGCACCCUUGUGUCCCACAAAAUGAUGCAGAUUAUGUCGGUGGAUGACUUUGACUGGAAUGAUGUUGAAGAUAUUGCCAAAAAGUAUUCAGACUUGAAGCAAGUACACAAUGCAAGAGAAAGAAUGAAAAAAGAAAUUUUGCCACUAGGUGAAAAUUUCGAGGCCUUGGCCGACUUCAAAAGCAGAUGUGAACAGAAAGACCGUUUUUUUAUUUAUAAGAUUAACAACAGGGCAUUCAACGGUGAACAUACAUUUGUGUUUAAGUCCAGCAAAGAGAUGGCUGAGCUUGCCCUUUCAAUGGACAAGGACAAAGGGGGGUUGCUGGCAAAUGAAUAUGCUUAUAUCGACGGGAAACAUAACCACUGCCGUGGUUAUGUUACACUCACCUUGUGGGUCUAUCACCCAGUAAUUCGGAGAAUUGUACGUCUUGCUGCUUCAGACACAGAGAAAGAAGACACUAGCAUAUUAUCACUGACAGUCAGUGACUGUAUUUAA